GAGGACCGCAGGGACUGAACUAUUCCUGAGAUCUUUUGCAAGCCUCAUCAAGAUGAAGCUGCCAGGCCAGGAGGAGUGUGACACCUCUGCUGCUAAUGAAAAUAUUUCUGCAGGAGAGCUGGACAGUGACCAUGGCCCUGGUCACAGUCCUAGUGGCUCUUCAGAAACCAACAGCAGAGAACUGGGGGUUUCCAGGGAUCCUCCACUCUUCAUUCAGCUGAAUGAGCUUCUGGGCUGGCCCCAGGCACUGGAGUGGAGAGAGACAGGCAGGUGGAUGCUGUUUGAAGAGAAGCUGGAGGUUAGUGCAGGCCGGUGGAGCGUCCCCCAUGUGCCCAUCCUGGCACUGCCCAGCCUUCAGAAGCUCCGCAGCCUGCUGGCCAAGGGCCUCGUACUGCUAGACUGUCCAGCUCGGAGUCUGCUAGAGCUCGUGGAGCAGGUGAUCAAAGUGGAGUCGAGUGCAGAGCGGAGAGGGCAGCUGCAGGCUUUGCUGCUGCAGAGACCCCAGCAUUCCAUCCAGACUACAGGCGCUUGUCCCUGCUGGGGAUCUACCCUUCCAAGAAAGGCAUCUCACAAUGAAGGUGUGCUUCUGAAGGAACAGCAUCAGAACCCUCUGAAACAGAAGCUGCCUCCAGAGGCUGAGGCAGCUGCUGUGCUGACAGGAGAGCUGGGCUUUUUGCCUCAGCCUCUGGGGGCCUUUGUGCGACUGCGGAAUCCAGUGGUGUUGGGGACGCUCACUGAGGUGCCCCUCCCCUGCAGGUUUUUCUGCCUGCUCCUGGGCCCUGCCAUGCCGGGAAAGGGCUAUCAUGAGAUAGGCCGCGCAGCAGCUGUCCUCCUCAGUGACCUGCAGUUCCAGUGGUCAGUUCGUCGGGCUAGCAACCUUCAUGACCUUCUGGCAGCCCUGGAUGCCUUCCUAGAGGAGGUCACAGUGCUCCCCCCAGGGCGGUGGGACCCAACAGCCCGGAUUCUCCCGCCCAAAUGCCUGCCCUCUCAACUCAAAAGGUCGCCCUCGCAAAAGCGGGACGUCCAGGGCUUUUCCAUUCCGCAUACUGGCCGGGCAGAGGACCGACAUGGACGUGGGCCGCACGUACCCUGUGCGGAGUUGCAACGGACCGGCCGGCUGUUUGGGGGUCUUGUCCAGGACGUGAGCCGGAAAGCUUCGUGGUACAGCACCGAUUUCUUGGAUGCCCUGCACCCUCAGUGUUUCUCAGCUGUGCUCUACAUUUACCUGGCCACCGUCACUAAUGCCAUUACUUUCGGGGGUCUGCUGGGAGAUGCCACUGAUGGUGCCCAGGGAGUGCUGGAAAGUUUCCUAGGAACUGCAGUGGCCGGAGCUGCCUUCUGCCUGCUGGCAGGCCAGCCCCUCACCAUCCUCAGCAGCACUGGGCCAGUGCUGGUCUUUGAGCGCCUGCUUUUCUCUUUCAGCAGAGAUCACAGCCUGGACUACCUGCCCUUCCGCCUGUGGGUGGGCAUCUGGGUGACCGUCUUUUGCCUGGUGCUGGUGGCCACAGAGGCCAGUGUACUGGUGCGCUACUUCACCCGAUUCACUGAGGAAGGUUUCUGUGCCCUCAUCAGCCUCAUCUUCAUCUACGAUGCCCUGGGCAAAAUGGUGCAUUUGACCCAUACCUAUCCCAUCCAAAGGCCUGGGUCCCCUGGCUAUGGCUGCUUCUGUCAGUACCCGGGCCCACAAGGAAAUGAAUCUCAAUGGGCAACAGCACAGCCAAAGAGCAGAGAUGACGUCUUAAGCAUGGACCUAGGCCUGGUCAAUGCAUCUUUGCUUCCGCCAUUUGAGUGCACCCGACAAGGAGGCCAGCCUCGUGGCCCUGGCUGUCACACAGUCCCAGACAUUGCCUUCUUCUCCCUUCUGCUCUUCCUUACCUCCUUCUUCUUUGCUACCGCCUUCAAGCAUGUAAAGACAAGUCACUUCUUCCCCUCUGUGGUACGCAAGGUGCUCAGUGACUUCUCCUCAGUCCUGGCCAUUCUGUUGGGCUGUGGCCUUGAUACAUUCCUGGGCCUAGCCACGCCGAAGCUCCUGGUGCCUACAGAGUUCAAGCCCACACUCCCUGGGCGUGGCUGGCUGGUAUCACCUUUUGGAGCCAACCCCUGGUGGCUGAGUGUAGCAGCUGCCCUGCCCGCCCUGCUGCUGUGUAUCCUCAUCUUCAUGGACCAGCAGAUCACAGCAGUCAUCCUCAACCGUGCAGAAUAUAAACUGCAGAAAGGAGCUGGCUUCCACUUGGACCUUUUCUGUGUGGCUGUGCUGAUUCUGCUCACAUCAACCCUUGGGCUGCCCUGGUAUGUUUCAGCCACUGUCAUCUCCCUGGCUCAUAUGGACAGUCUUCGAAGAGAGAGCAGAGCCUGUGCCCCUGGGGAGGCCCCCAGCUUCCUGGGCAUCAGGGAACAGAGGCUGACAGGCCUGGUGGUGUUCAUUCUUACAGGGAUCUCCAUCUUCCUGGCACCUGUACUCAAGAUCAUCCCAAUGCCUGUGCUCUAUGGAAUCUUUCUUUACAUGGGGGUUACAGCACUUAGCAGCAUCCAGUUUGUGAAAAGAGUGCAGCUACUGUUGAUGCCAGCAAAACACCAGCCAGACCUGCUGCUGUUGCGGCAUGUGCCUCUGAAGCGAGUACACCUCUUCACUGCCAUCCAGCUGGUCUGCCUAGGUCUGCUUUGGAUAAUCAAGUCUACUCCUGCAGCCAUCAUCUUCCCCAUUAUGUUGCUGGGCCUGGUGGGUGUCCGAAAGGCACUAGAGUGGGUCUUCUCACCACAGGAACUCCUCUGGCUGGAUGAGCUCAUGCCAGAGGAUGAAAGGAGUAUCCCUGAGAAGGGACUGGAGCCAGAGCACUCAUUUGGUGAAGAUGAAAGCGAAGAUUCAGAGCUAAUGUAUCAACCAAAAGUUCCAGAAAUCAACAUCUCUGUGAAUUAGCUGGAGCAAGAGCCUGGGAAUAGAGACCCCAUGAAACAGACCAUGAGUUCACAGGUAUUUACUCAGAAAGUCCGGACAUUGCUUGCUCUUGACUUGGUUGCCAGAUACUGUUGGCUGGGGACCUGGAACAAUGGAACAGGACUGAAGAACAGCUGGCAAAGAAAGACACCAGUUACCUCCUGAGCUGGGAGGGGAAGUGGCAAGGAACAACGAGGUUUGCUUAGGAAAGACUAGUGAGCCAGAGGGACUGCCAGUUCUUACUCUCUGUCCAUUAAAGGGACUGUUAUAGCUUGUGUCUAGGUGUCCCCCCAAAGCCACAUGCAGUCAUGGGUAGGGGUUUUUCAGAAGUGGGUGGAUCUGGAGUAUAUGGUUGAUUCAUUGUGCAAUGCUGAGAUUCAGAUUCUGUGCUUACAGACUCUUAAUCAGUCCACUGAUUGUUUUGGUACUGCUCUAGUUCCAGGAGCCUAGACAGAAUACAAAAGGGACAGAAAAAACCUGCUAGAAUUUCUUAUUGCUCUGCUACCUUCUGUCCACCAUGAACUGUUUUUCUUCUAUGAUGCCCCUCUGCCAUGUACCACACUACUUUGGAUCUAGCUGAUUAUGGACUGAAACCUCUACAGGCUGAGCCAAAUAAACCUUUUCCCCCUUUAA